AUGAGUUUGUCACGGGCUCCUGUGUAGAUCUUCUAUAUAGUCAUACAGGGUUUGAAGUUUCAAAAGACGAUGAAAUUGUUGUUGGUAGCAGCUUUUCUUGCAAAGAGAUGAUUGAUCUGGAGGCUAAGCUGGACUUUGAAUUCCAUGACAAGGAAAAUGAGGUUUUCCUUGGCUUAGGAGCUCCAUUACAGAAAGAUAAAGGCAUGGUUGGGUCAGAGCCAGCUCUUUUAUCUGAUCAGGUCUCUUCAAGCACAGUUGUUAAUGAAAUGCAUCAUACUCCAUCUACGGUUCAUUUGGGUGAGAGGCAGGAAGGAAGAUUGCAAGACCAGAAGCCUGCCAUUUCAUUCGAUGGAAUUCUACAAGAUAAACCAGUGCUUAUUGACCUUAAUCUACCUCUUGAAAAUGAGUGUUCUCUUGCUCUUAAUGAUCCUGCGGAAGAUAUUAAUCUUAAACUUUUUUCUUCUGUUGCACAUGAUGGAAUUCUUGAGCAUAAUCAAAGCAACCAAGGUGAAGCUUCAUUUAUACCCGAGCCACUGUCAUCUUAUUCUAUUACAAAAGCUAAAUCUGAUAAUCAAGCUGAUUGCUUGAGUUGCCAUGGCCAAGGUUCAAAACCUUCUAGAUCACCGGAAUUUGAGCUGAUUCUGGACGCUACAAAAGAUAAAGGUGACACUGACAUCAAGUUAAGUUCUAAUAAGCUUAUGGCAUUUUCUUUCCAGGUUCAAGUAGAUUUUUGUGGAAAGCCUGCGAAAGGAUCUACUAAUAACCGAGCUUUUAUUACUGUAAACGAUGUUUCCUUAUCCUCAAUAAGCUCGUGUGAUCAAGCGAAAUUGGAUUUAGAUUUUUCAUCUGACAAACUGCUAUCUGCAGUACGAAGUGAUAACAAGAGGCAGGAUUCAAACAUAACUUUCAGCAACAUUACCAAUCUACCACAACCUUUAAUUCGAGAUUUGGUUAACGAAUUAUACUAUGAUGGAAGUGUAGAAGAUACUUUAUCAAGUCACGCCUUUGCUCAAGAUGUAGCUCAACGCUAUGCACUUUCCAGAAAGUUCCCAACCGGAUGCAAUUCUGCUAGCAAAACUAGAAACACUAUGUCAAUGUCACAGGACAAAAUAGUUGAGGAACCUGAUACACUUUCCAAAACUGAUGAUUCUGUAACCACUCAGCUAAAUUCUGCCCAAAAUGAUGGAUCUUCCAUGGAAAAACUAAGCAUAGAACAGGAUUUUACCAUUGCAGCAGCAGCCGAGGUUCUCAUGGGUCUUUCGUCUGAAAGGCCCUCCUUCCCUAUAGAUCAUCAGCGAGAAGUUGAUUGUAACAGUGGGAACAAUCAACCCCUGCAUUCAUCUGAUUCUUUUGAGAGUGAGGCCCUCCAGUUAUCUGAGGUUCAAACUGAACAUCGCCUCAGUAUUUCUGAACCACUGAACCGGACUGAAAGAGAGAGGAAUGUAAAUGGGCUUAGGCUACGAAGAGGAAAGGGGCUCCGAGAUUUCCAGAAAGAGAUCUUACCAGGGCUAGCAUCCCUAGCUAGGCAUGAAAUUUGCGAAGACAUGCAUAAUAUUGGGCACAAGCUCAGGAGAACUGCUUCCAGAAAUGCAAGGGUAAAUUGGUUUGUGGCUGUUCAAGGUCGAAGGUCAAGACCGUGUUCAGGGCUUCAAAGAAACUAAAGCUUUAGAUUCUUUCAGGUCUGUGAAUGGCCGCUGUAAUAAAGUUUUUCUUAUGGAGCCACGAUAACUAAUAACCAGUCUUUAAGGCUAGCUGAGAAUUCGUUAAAUGUGAUCCGGGUUAGGCAUGUGUAUGAAUCUGCUAGUUUUCUCAAAAAGCCUAAGAAGUCUGUUGAAGAUUUGAUAAAAGUGAUCCAGGAUUUGAAUGUGAAGGUAGCAGUGCUAGUUUUCUGAAUUAAGUCAUUAAGGUAUUGAAUUGCCAGACUGAGAUCCAUGCUGGUUACUGUUUUGUCCUGCAUUCUUGCAUUGUUAUUUAGAGACUUGCUUGUGCAGAGAUUAUUAAAUAUUAUGGCAUGAAAAGAGAAUAAGUGAUU